AUGAUCCUUUUACAAUCGGCUGGGAAUUUGAAAAGAAGUCCCCAGGAUCAAGUCAAGAUCAAUGAUCUUAUUCUUCAAAACAUCGAGUCUGGUACUACCGGCAGCAGUGCCAUCAACUGUUUCUGGUGGGUUGGUGGUCGCUGCAGCUCCACGAAGGAGUCGCUCCUGGACGGAAGAGAUGUCGUAGAUUUGCACACUAAGCAUUAUACUGCGAGGCUCGGGUCUAAGAUGGUUUCAUUUAGUCAGCUUUGGCGUAUUAGGAAGAGGUUACUACUGACCGCUUCCGACCGCUCCCCUCGACCGUCUGAGUAG